AAUUACGUUGACAGUUUCCAAUAUUUACCGCCUUAAGAAUUAACUUGGUGUUUGUAUUAUAAUCUGAAAUGGACUGAAUUUUUCUUUGAAUUGGCAGUUAUUGAAUCAUAUUAUUAACAGAGUGGGACACACAUGUCAGAUUUCAGUUGUUGAGGGAAGCCAACGUUCUGAUCAACCAGGGCUAAAAACUUUAUAUUAUCCAAGAGAUGACAAUAUGCCACCUUUGCUAUUAUGUUGCUUAUUCUAACAUUUGGAGUUUUCUAAGCCCAUGCAACUAUUUGUAAAGACUUGCUGGACUUAAGAUAAGGCCCAUCUUAUCAGCAAACCUACUUCCCUUCCAGUAUCUCCAUCCUCCCACUAUGGUUACAUGAAAACUCAAUUUGACAGUAUCACACUGCUCCUCCCAAUGCUCUGCAAGGCAUUGUGCACAUAACAUUGUUCCAUUAUUUCAAAGGUUAAAUUCAAACCUCAAUCAGAAUGAAACCAUGAGUUGCACUUUCAUUUUGAGGCUUAAAAAAUCAGUGAAAUGCAUAUUAAUAAUAGUUGUGUUAAUUGUGUCACUUAAUUUAACUUUCAUAUCCAGAGGCAUACUUCAAUUAAACAGGAAUGAGAAAAUAAUAUCAAAGAAAUUAAACUGGCUUAAAAAUAAUAUAUCUACUGCCUUAUCAAAGCCCUGUACCAAAGGAUCUACAGCACAGACUUUCCACCCUGAGGAAACAAAAAAUAUCUGCUCACAAGUCAAGGUUGAUUUGAGGCUACCGCAAAGACGUCACUUCCUGGUAAAUCACGAACACAAACUGCUGUACUGUUGGAUUCACAAGGUAGCAUCUACCUCAUGGAUUGCAUUAUUUAGCCACCUUGCUAAUAGGACGCAUAUUGAUGAAUAUUACAGGGAAAUAAGAAUUUUGUCUCCAAAGAGUGCAGAAGAACUUCAUGGAAUAAUAACAACAAAAGACUAUUAUAAAUUAAUUGUAGUGAGACAUCCAUUUGAACGCCUGGUGUCUGCCUACCGUGAUCGGAUUGAAGAUACUUCAAGAUUCACCUCACAAGCGUGGAUUUAUGUUCCGCGCAUUUUUGCUCUCACAAGACCAGUACUAAAUCGUAACAAAAUAUUUGAUAUUAACCAUAACCAAAAGCUUUCCAUUGUGCCCACAUUUCAAGAGUUUGUAGAGUGGUUACUUGUAAUACCACCCAAAAAAUAUGAUGUUCACUGGAACCGUUACAGUGAUCACUGUAAACCUUGUGCUAUUCAUUAUGAUGCCAUCAUAAAAAUGGAAAAUUUUUCGAAUGAAAAGGAAGUAUCAGUGAUGCACAAUAUGGAGCUAGAACUUUUAAAUGCGAGUCUUCCGCACCUUCAACGAACUUCUGGCGGACCAACUGAUUAUAAUAUCACUUGUCAGUAUUUUCAGCAACUAUUUUCAGAACAAGUCAGCGCCCUCUAUGAAAUUUAUAGUAUGGACUUUGAAAUGUUCCAUUAUUCACCACAACUGUAUAUAAACUGUGCACAAAACAAGAGUGGACAAACAGAUUUAUCAGUACCAAAUGCUACCCCAUAAUACAUGCCUAAACUGUGACUGCCCAAGUGAAAUCUCUGUUCAUUGUUAACCUAACGGAUAAUGGAUUUAAACAACAAAAAUAACUGAAAUAAAGUAUGUAGGAUAGUAAACCUUAAUAUUAAAUGGGUAUUUCACUGUGUAAAUUCUACGUAAAACCCAAUUAAUUUGUUAUCGGAUAACUCAAAAUUCAUUCAGUACUAAAUCAUUCUUCAUACAAUAAGUGACCAGAUGUACUCAACAUUCAUGUUUAAAUUUCAUUUUAAGCAACUGAUAUAGUUUAUGUAAUAUUAGCAACAUUCCCUCCAUUUCACUUGUAGAAUUAUUUUAUUACUAAUUACACUAUUAAUGUCACUAGCUUCAAUUAAUAAAACCAGCAUGUAAUGUAUAGAAAAUUGGAUAAUUCAAAGUCUACUAAUAUUAAGUUCAUAUUUUUCGGUCUGAAGCACUCCAAAUUAAUGAAGUUUGGUGCAUAUACAUUUCUCAGUGCUACAGAUUAAAUUUGGAGAAACAGUUUCAAUAAUAUCUUCCAAAUACACAUUACACUGUAAAAUGUAAUAACACAAAUAUUUCAGUGCCUUUUGUUGCAAAGACUGCUUCUGAGAUAUGCCCUACUUUUUAAACCUGUAUUAUAUAAAUACCUCUGCAGAACUAAGGAAGUCACAGGUUCUGCCAAGAUACAAUAAAUUUGUAAGAUUCAUAACCUGUAGAGUGAUGAUCAAACAUAAGAAUUGUAAAUAACCAAUAAACUGAUUUAUGUAUUAAACCAUA